CCCGCUUCUCGGCGCGCAGGCAGAAGUCAUCGCAGCCGUGAGCGCGCACCACAACCCGGAAGUCGUGUGUCUGUCUGUGGACGAACCCUCCGAAGUGACGAGUUGACGAGCUGAUGUGUUCUUCGUAGCACAGGAUGCAAGCUGAAAGCCUGGAGGAGAGGACGGUGGAGGUGCUGCUGCUGCCUGAAGGAGUGGACGAGGAGCUGCUGUAUCUGUACUUUGAGAAUAGGCGCCGCUCGGGGGGAGGCCCACUCGUCUCCGUGGAAAAAAAGGGCGACGGUGCCACAUUGGUGUUUGAAGACGCAGCAGCUGCAGCCGAAGUGCUGUCUAAAGGGAACCACGUUCUGCAUAAUGUUGAGCUGAGCGUGAGAAAGCCUGCCACAAAGGACCAAUGCAGACUGUUGCUGCGGGGGAUAAAGCCCAACACCGACAAUGAGAUAAUAGAGCUCUAUGUGGAGAACUUGAUGGGGUUGAAUGUGAAUGACUACCAACUGUAUCCCUUAUCGGGGAGAGAUUUUAUCCUCAUUCACCUCAACCAACCCUUGGAUAAAGAUUUCCAAACCCUCUCCGCGAGGGUCUCCAGGCGGACACUGGAUGGGGCUAAGGUAACACUCGAACAGACUGAGCAAACAGACUCUGUUUUAGUGGAGAAGCUGCACCCUGGCACCACGCAAGACCUGCUCAUGCUGUACUUUGAGAGCAAGCGAGGUGGCGAUCAGAGGGUGAGGGACGUCACCAUGCUAUCGGAGGGGACAGCAAAGGUGUCUUUCUUCAACCACGAAGCUUUGGGUCCUGUCCUGGAUCAACAACACAAACUGGAGGGUGCCGAACUCUUAGUGAGGCCGUACUUCGACUUCCUUCAACCGACAGAAGCAACAUCACAGAACGCUGGAAGUGGAAGCCAACCUAUGACUGAGGGAAACUCGGAGGACCUCGGUGAGAUUCAGAUGCAGACCAACGGUGACAGUCAGUCUUCUUCUGAGCAAACCUCUGAGCUUCUUGCUGCGGCGGUACAGGACACAGCAGAGGAAGCUAUAGAUGACAAACCUGAGGAUGUGGUAACACUAUCGAGCCAUAUUGCUUUUGCUGACCCAGUGAAAUUAGCUUUGCUUAAAUUUAGCCCCCUUUCACAGGACAUUGUCAAGGCUUACCCGGAUUUUACCAUCGAGGUAAAAGACGACGGCAUUCUCAUUGAAGGAAGUGACAAUCAAAAGUUGGAUCAGAUCAAACAAACCAUUACGGACUUUCUCGGCAAUAUGGGUGAAGCUGAUUUCACCCUCGAGCCAGAAAAGGCUCAGUUCCUUGCAAGAAAAGAAGUGAAAGAGCGACUGCUACAAACCAUCAAUCAAACCAUGUCACCCACUAUUUACUCUGUAUCAGAUUCUAAAGUCGUGGUAACAUCGCUUUCCCAGAACUCGGCUCACCAGGCGUGUAGCUUUUUAACGUCCCAGAUGUGUCACUUCAGCAUGCCAUUGGGCACAGAACAUGAAUGCAUGUUAUAUUGCAGAGAGUGGUCUGAGUUCCUGCAGGCCCUGGACUUCUCUUCUGUUAAGGCGUCGGAGCAAGGAGGGAAUAUUGAUGUGUUGACACUGAAAGGGAUGGAGAGCGAGAAGAGAGCUGCAAUCCUGCAAUUUCUUUCUACACCCAUUGAAAGGGAGACAGUGAUCACUAUGAAGCCAGGCGCACUGAAAUACAUCCAGAACCAUUGUCAUCAGCUGUUGGCUGACAUGGACCAAGUUUCCAUCUUUCCGCUAGAGGCCGAAGACGCCUGUGGUUUAAAGAUUUAUGGCCAUCCUGCCACUUGCCAAAUGGCUGAGGAGGUGCUGCAAAGCGUGGUCUCCUCCAUCUGUACCAAAGCCAUCCCAAUAGAAGCUCCAGGAGUUACCAGGUUUUUACAUGAAGCAGAUUGUCAGAGCCUUCUGAGUGAAAUGGAGAGGAAGUUUGAGGUGAACAUCGAACCACAGUGCACGCCCUGGGUGCCCAUGCCUGGCCAGGACAUUUUUGAUGCUGCAUGGCAGAUGAUGUCGCACAGAAACUUUCAGAGAGGGUCUGUGGAUGAGUUACAAGCAGAUUCAAUGCAAACUCCAGACGAAGACCUUUUAGAGGAGGCAAAGAAAAUCUUCUCCGCCAUUGAUGGAAGAGUUGAAGAGAAUUCAGACAUGGAUGAUGUAGACCUGUACACAGCAGAGGAGCCGACGAUGGCCGGAGAUGGUUCCCAGUCCUCAGCAGAAGGAAACAAUGCGAGUGGGUUAGCCGAGGGUCUUUCUCGUGAUCUAAAAGAGGAAGCCCAGCUGUCUUUAGCCAUCCAGUACUCAAUGGAGUCAAGUCAGUUGUACCUGGAUGAUGAUGAUGAACAGCUGCAAAAAGCCAUUGAGCUGUCCAGGAGCAUGAUCGUCCCUGAAGCCUCUUCUAGGGGUGCUGAAAGGAGCCCCCAACCCAAAUUGAAUCAUAAGAAGAAGGACAUCAAUGAGGCUUUACAGGAAACCAUCAAGGCAGCCAACACCAUCCAGUUAGUUGUGUUUGCAGGUUAUAUCUCUGAUCUGACUCGAGUGGAAAUCGCCUUUGGGAAGAGGGUCAUUCAGAAACAGAUGGAGGAGAAACUCGAGUGCAGGAGCAUGGGGAACAUGACUGAGUACCACUGGAAGUGUUUGGAGAUGAUCAAGAGGAAGCAUGCAGUCGAGAUCCAAGUUCAGGGGACCAUAAUCACCGUUUCUGGAUUCCAGCACUUUCAGCCUGCUGGAGUGGGGGAUGUGAAGUUGCUUCUGGAGAGAGUCGACAAUUCUGUACCCAGGCAGGAAAUCCUGAGGACUGUGCAGUGGGUGGUACAUGAUCAAGCCUCCUCAGACACAACUCCAUACUCAGAUGAUGCCACAGUAUUCAUCGAGAACGCCUGGAGGAUGAAGCUGAAAAAACUUGACAUCUUACUGGACAAUCAGCCUCACGUUAUCAACUUUGAAAAGAUGGAGGAAUGCAACAUAGCUUCAGAGAAAUCUGUGAAAAUCUCAAGGAAACUGCUCAUUUCGGGGGAUAUGCCAGAGGAAAUACCAGAAGAGGAAUAUUCUCUGAUGUCAUGCAUGCCUGAAUCCUACAAAGUCGAUGAGGAAUCGGAUGAAUUUCAGAAUGUGGUGAAGAACUUCUACGAGACCAUCCAAGGAUACCAUAGCAAGAUCAGAAUCAUACAGGUGGAGAAGCUCAUGAAUCGCCUGCUCUGCAAUCAGUUCAAGUUGAAGAAGGCGAGCAUAGUGCAGCGGGCCACCUACCCAGAAGUAGAACGGACUCUUUACCACGGCACAAGUGAGGAUAGCGUGAAGGAGAUAUGUGUUCAUGGAUUCAACAGAAGCUUCUGUGGAAAGAAUGCCACCGUCUACGGUAAGGGGGUUUAUUUUGCUGUCGACUCUGCCCUGUCAGUUGAGGAUCGAUAUUCACCCCCAAACAAAGACGGACGCAAGUUUAUUUUCGUGUCGAAGGUUCUAACGGGGGACUAUACUAAAGGUUGCUCUUCAAUGAAGACCGCCCCGUUAAAGGAGAGCGACAAUAUUCCCCUCAGAUACGACAGCGUGACUGACAACCUCACCAAACCGACGAUGUUUGUCAUCUUCAACGACACGCAGGCUUUUCCGGAAUACCUCAUUACGUGCGAGAAAGUCCGCCGCUGAGGAAACACAUCAGCUGUUUGAUAACAAGCAAAAGAUGUGAAGAAGGGACUGCUUUUUGUUUUCAUUUUCAUGUUUUGCCUUGAUUAAAAAAGUGUGAAUGCUUCAUUAAGGGCUUAUUAGCUAAAGUGUACAGUUUAUUUUUUGAUUAUGCAAAUGUGUGAAUCACUGUGCUGACUGUUGCAUCAGUUGAUCUACUUUCAGUUCUUUCAGUUUAGUCACGUCCGGUCAGGAGAAACACAAGCCGCGGAACAAAAAAAAAAAAACAUUUUAAUUUAGCAACUUAAAGCAUUCAGUUUUUUCCCAUUAAGGAGCGAGGACUUAAAGGUUCAGUGUGUAAGAUUUAGUUAGCAGAAAUUGAAUAAAAAAUAUACCUGAACAAACUGAUGUUUUCACCAGUGUGUUUCACCUAUAUUGUACGAAUUGUUGUUUUCUUUGGCCUAGAAUGGGGCCUUUAUAUUUAAAUACUUUAUAUUUACAUGCUACUCUACGUAGGCCAAGCUGGACAAACUAAACAACUUUGAGUUUUUAGGACAGCUGAAGUCUGCUACAUGCUCUAUUUGUUAAGGUUUGGAAGGGGAGGGUGAUGUGAGGGGUAUUCAGCUGCAGCAUGCAACUUCAUCCCUAGAUGUCAUUAAAUUUUACAAACUGAACCUUUAAAAUGGGUCUGACUUUAAUUGUUAAUUUGUACACAACAACAUUUACUCUUUUGUAUAUGUGGUUUAAAAUCAACCAUAAAUAAUAUGUUAUCUCUGUGGGGGUUUUUUUAUCAACAAGAAAUUGUAUGAAUGUUAAUAUAACUGACAGUUUUGAUUUGGAAACGCUGCUGUCGAAUUCUUUCUACGAAAGAUUAAUAUGAACUUUUUUGACUGAUUAGAUUGUGAUGGUCUUAAUCUGACUCCGUCUAUAUUUGUUUCAAGAUUCAGUUGCAGAAACUAGUGUCCUAGUUCUGCGUUUCCUCCUCCGACCAUGAUAAUAGUUAAGUAAGCGCUGAGAAUGGCUCCUAAAAACAGUUACAGUAACAAAAAACUUAAAAUUAGGCAUUUGCAACCAUUAAGGUAAUCUUUGUAAAGUCAUCCUAAAUGUCCCUUGGAUUAAUUAAUCAUGUUUUAUUUAUUAGUUUUGUCCUGCGCAGCUACUGUAGAUUUUACCUCUCACGCCUGCUGAGCAUUCUUACUUUGUAAGGAAUGUUGAUUGUUAUUUUGAUACAACAAUCAUCUAAAUAAACUCUUUCUGUAAUGUGCACAAUGA